AUGGUCGCCCUGCUGCUGCCGCUGCCGCUGCUGCUGCUGCCGCUGCUGCUCGAGGCAGCAACACACCAACUCAACCCAGCAGCAGCAGCAGCAGCACCUCUUGCUGCUGCAGCGACUGAGGCAGCAGCAGCAGCAGCAUCAGCAGCAGACGAUAAAACAGCUGCAGCAGCAACACGACCAACUCGUGCAGCAGCAACUGCAGCGACAGCAGCAGCAGCCCGAACCCCUUCCAGCCCAGCAGCACGGGGAGCCGCUGCGACACCUUCUGCAGCAGCAGCAGCAGCAGCAGCAGCAGCAACAGCAGCAGCAACAGCAGCAGCAGAUGGAGCGUCACCACCGCCCGCCGCUGCUGCCCCUGCUGCUGGCCUCCUAGACUCCCCAAUAACCCUAUCCAAAUGGACUCCGACAGCAGCAGCAGCAGCAGCAGAAACAGCAGCAGCAGCAGGAGCUGCUGCUGCUGCUGCUGCUGCUGGAGCAGCAACCAGUAAUAGUUGGGAGUCAUACAGUGAACAGAAGCAGCAGCAGCAGCAACAGCAGCAGCAGCAACAGCAGCAACAGCAGCAACAGCAGCAACAGCAGCAGCUAGCGCUUCCACCGGCAGUGCGUCGCUUAGAGGAGACGGGCGAGACACAAAACAGCAGCAGCAACAACAGCAGCAGCAGCAGCAGCAACAGCAGCAGCAACAGCAGCAGCAGCAGCGACAGCAACAACCAAAGUAGCAGCGACACAACCAGCAACAGCAGCAGCGCCGGGGGCAGCAGCGGCAGCAGCACAAGCACCAGCGCCAGCAGCAGCAGCAGCAGCAGCAGCGGCGCGGAUGAGAGCAGCAGUAGCAGCAACAACACUAGCAAUGGCAGCAGCAACAGCAGCAGCAGCAGCAGCAGCACGAAGUGGGCGAGAGAGGCUGCGGAUGACCUCAGCAGCAGCGAGAAGGAGAUGGUGAUGUCGGUGGGGUUGCUGCUGCUGCUGCUGAUUGUUGCUGCUUGUCUUUUUAUAUCUCUUGCUGCUAAACGCAUGCAGCAGCAGCAGCAGCUCGUGCUGCAGGUGCCUUUGGUUGCUACUCUUCUCGGUCUGCUGCUGGGCGCGUUGCUGCAGCAGCAGCAGAAGCUGCAGCAGCGCAGCAGCAGCAGCAGCAGCAGCAGCAGCAGCAGCAGCAGCAGCCUACGCAGCAUCAUGGCUCUCAAGGAAGAGGUUUUCUUUGUGCUGCUGCUGCCGCCAAUUGUCUUUCAGGGGUACAUACAUAAACCCUAA